AUGUUAUUGUUUAACAAUACGUUUCUACUUGUGUGGGUGACGUAUUUUACAGGUUAGUUUUUUUGUUAACGUAAAUGUUUCCAUUAUCAUUUAAUCUAUUAAGCUUAUUCUAAACCGCGAUUGGCCGAAAUGACAAGCGGCUUUUUAUAUAAGCCUACUAAUGGUUUAUAUCACUUUAAUCAGCAAAAAUUUAUGGCAUUUGAAAAGGAAAUAAGCUGCUGAAAAUUUAAAAAUAGGUUACGGUAUGCUAAAAUGUGGUAGAGUGGGUCUGAAGUUCCAGUAAAAUAAGCUGAAAGCUCUGAUGAAUAGGGUAGGGUAGAGUAGGGUAGGGUAGAGUAAGGCCCGAUACGGUACGGUACGAUAAGGCAGAGACCGGUACGGUAGGCACAGUACCGUAGAAUACUUACUCCUCCAUUAUUAAUUUCGUAUUUUACAUAAAAAAUGUUUCAGUGAACAGCAAAGACGUGAUUUGUCGGGACGGUGUUGACCGACCAGUCGAUUCGUGUCCCGAAGGUGAGCAGUGCUUCUUUCCAGCCGGUUUGAACGCAACGACCGGUCGAUUUUUCGGCAUUUGUGUGGCUAAUAGUGAGUUUCAAAUUUUUAUUUUUUGGGCUUAGUAUGGGUCAAUAAGUGCGUAGAACAAAGUUUUAAAACUUUAAAAUAAAAAAUUUUAAAAAAUUUAAAAAAAUAAAAAAAAUUUUGAAAUAUCUCAAAAAUUUUGAAAAACAAACUAAAUUUAGAUCAGACAAAGCCGGACGCUUCGAAUCGAUGA